ACCACCUCUCUUGUAAAAGAACAAAAAGUUAAUUAUGUCUGACGAUCAUAAGCAACAAGCUUUAGCCGAAAAAGAGCUCGGAAACGCCGCUUAUAAGAAGCGCGAUUUCGAUGAAGCUUUGCAACACUAUGACAAGGCAUGGGAAUUGGACAGUACCAACAUGACUUUCUUGACCAACAAGGCUGCUGUCCUAUUUGAGCAAGAAAAGUUUGAGGAUUGCAUAAAGACUUGUGAACAAGCCGUUGAUAUUGGUCGUGACCAAAGAGCUGACUACAAGCUGAUUGCAAGGUAAGUUUGACUUUGCUGUCAAGGGCGACCCCGAUAUAUAUAAUUCAUAGCUGUUCAUAUUACCCAACAGAGCCUACCAACGUAUUGGAAAUUCUUAUUUCAAGCUUGAAAAAAUCGACCAAGCCAUUCGAUUCUAUGAGAAGUCAUUGACCGAGCAUCGCACCCCCGAAACUUUGACUAAGCUGCGUGAAGCCGAG